CCGUGCCCGGGCCCGCCCCGCCCGCCGCGGCGUGAGCAUGGCCGGCUUCGCCGACCUGAACCUGCCGCAGGGGCUGGACAAAAAGUCCCUGCAGAGCUUGCUGGAGGCCGCGGCGCACCUGGGAUAUUCUGCAGUUGCACUUAAUCAUGUCAUCGAUUUUAAAGAAAAGAAACAGGAAAUCAUCAAGCCAGUAUCUCCUUCAGAGUUGUUUCCAUCUUUACCUAUUGUACAAGGGACAUGUAAAAGAAUUAAAGUCUUGACCCGGCUAACACUUGUUGUUUCUGAUCCUUCCCACUGCAAUCUCUUGAGAUCAACAUCUGCAAAUAUAAGGUUAUAUGACAUCAUAGCAGUAUUUCCAAAAACUGAGAAACUGUUCCAUAUUGCUUGCACAACACUAGAUGUGGAUCUGGUCUGCAUAAAUGUAACAGAAAAGCUGCCAUUCUACUUCCGAAGGCCCCCUGUGAAUAUGGCAAUAGAUCGAGGCAUUUACUUUGAACUUCUUUACACGCCUGCCAUCAAAGACUCCACAAUGAGAAGAUACACAAUUUCAAAUGCCAUCAGCCUGAUGCAGAUCUGCAAAGGAAAGAACAUAGUUAUAUCUAGUGCAGCUGAAAGGCCUCUAGAACUCCGAGGUCCUUACGAUGUUGCUAAUCUAGGUUUGCUGUUUGGCCUGUCAGAAAGCGAAGCAAAGGCAGCUGUGUCCACCAACUGCAGAGCCACCAUGCUGCAUGGAGAAACUCGAAAGAGUGCCUGUGGCGUGGUGUACACGGUGAAGAAGCCUCGCAAGGUUGAGGAGGAAGAAGCCGCAGUGCCAGCCUGCAAAAAAGCUAAGACUCAAGCUUGAGGACUGAACCAGUUGUCAGCAGGAGCCUCCAUCUCUUCUUUACCCAGUGUUGAGUCUUCCUCCAACCUCCAGCCAGCCUAAUUUUUCCCUUACUACCUUGCUUAGUCUGCAGAAGAAUUACUCUUCCAGCAUUCAAGUGAGGAAAGCUGUGUGAAUGAGACUGCUGAAUGGUAUUCACCACAUCUGAGAGGUCAUGCCUGGCUUCUGGCCAAGGUCAGGAGACUGACUCUUCCCCCUGCCUUAGGUCUCCUGAAGUUAAUGCAAACUCAGCAGAACGUUUCUAUCAUGGAAAUUUUCACUUGUACAUGUGCAUUCCUUUUUUAUUAAAAACAUGUCUAAGUACACAUGCUUUCAUAGUCUAGCUCUUCUGGUUUCUCAAGUUUUAAACACAUCUCUGUACAGCUGCUAGCCAGUAGAUGAAGUUUAACUUCAAGUGGCCUGUGAAGAAGAGUAAUAGUACAGUAUUACUUAGUCCCUUUUGGUUGUGUGGCUCACACGCAUGAACGCACAGACGCAGGGAUGGCUUCGGUAAUAUUAAGCUGACGGCAAGGAGUUGAGAAGGGUCCUUGCAUAGAGUUCCACAGAAAGCUGUUUAUUGCUAUGACUUGUGAAGGUUUACAGAGGCAAAUGACCCCAAGCCUGUGACAUCUCGAGCUUAAGUACAGGGGUGUGGCUAACAAACACCAGGGAAGCUGAACUGGGGUACAUUACCAUAACCGAACAAGGCAUCCUGGGAGAGGCUCCUUUCCCUCACCAUAAUCACUAAGUCUUUGGCACCAAGGACUGUCUUACAAAGAAGUCUCUCUUGUACGCCAGGUCAAUCAGCCACCACAGUACAGUAAAAAAAAAAAAUAUUGCCUCCUAUUCAGUUUUGUGAUCAAUGGCUAUAAUGAAGAUCCCAGGAUUUGUCAGUUGCUAGGAAGUAUCUUGGAUUUGGGUUAGAGUAGGAGUGGCUGACCUGACCUGCCAGAUGAAUAUCCUGAAGGCCAUUGUGUGUCCUGCAGCAUUUAAAACCAGGCAGUACCAUUCGAUGGUUGCCAGAGGUGGGAAGGGAGAGCCCAAGGUUACACUGAAUGCGUGCUCAGCAGGAGAUGUUGCAGUCUAGGAGCUGUCUCACCUAGGCCCGAGCAACCUUCACCUCACGUCAUCUUUACUGCACCAUUUCCUUCUGUACGUCCUGCUCUGAAAUUGUUGUCUAUGCACGUGUUCAUUUUGCUGCCUCUUGCUUUUCCAUUUUCCUUCCUUUUAAUGCCUCAGUAAGCCUAAUCUGGCUGCCAAAAAACCAAUCAAACAGAUACAGUCAGCAGAGCAUUUUCAGAGCUCUUCCAAAUGUUGACUGAAGUUUUUCUUUUCAUUAAAUGAAUAUAAAAAUCAUGUAAGCUACUGUACUAAGAUACUGUUGAGCCUGUUUUACUGUGAAUAUUUCAGUUCUCUAUUGAUGCCUGACAGAAAGUUGAAAAGUGGAAGCUGUAACAUGUAAAAUAUAGCAGAAAUCCUGCAGUGGGUUAUUUCUGAGCUCUUGGUAAUUGGACUGAGCGGAACAGAUGAAGUUCUCAUAGACUUAACAAUUCUAUAUAACGCUUGUGUAAGUUACAACAGCUUUUGCUUCAUGCAACAAAUAUGAAAUAUGUUUCCUGUAUGUUA